AUGUCGAAGUCGAACGAUAAGAAGAAGGAAAAGACUGCGCUCCUGGAUGGCCUGGUCACGGACCUGUUCAAUCGCGUGGAGAAGCCCAUCGAGUACCACAAGCUCUCCCCGUCCGAACACAUGGACAGCAUCACCGCGAUUCACAGGAUCCUGUCGCAGAAGGACGUGGGGCUGAUUCACUCCACGGACGUCUGGUUCAGGGCCGUGCCCUCCCUCAUCCUCGCCAUGCACCUGCUCUUCGAAAAGGUCUGUCCAGCACUCCCUCUCGAAUUGCAACCUGUAUUGCAACCAGGCUCCCCGUCCAAGUGGUUGGGGUACAUCAAGUCUCUGCCAGGGCAGCACUGCCUGUCCGAGUUCAACCAGGACGCCUCCCCUGACGACAUCAUCCUGCCGCUCGCUUUCAGUCUCGAGACUGUCUCGCUCCUGCAAGGAACCACGGCUCUGCCGGAGUACCACCGAAUGCUCCGCACAGUGGCUAAACAGUAUUGCCACAUGCGCACAGUGCUGCGGCAGCUGGGAGUCAUUGCAGCCCCCCUCAAGACCGCGUCUAGAGAGUGGUUCUGCUAUGCUGACUCUCAUCUCAUCCCCUUCGUAUACAUGUUUAACCGUUCGGCACGUGUCUGUCUGCUUGUACAGGAGGGUCCUAUAACGAGUACGUUUGGCGGUGGGAGCAACGUGAUGGAGGUCACUGCCAAGCGCAACUUCAAGGCGGGCGAGCAGGUGUACCUUUCGUACGGUUACCGCCCCAACACCAUCAUGCUGCUCUACUCGGGCUUCAUCCCCUCCUCCAAUGACAGAGACCGAUUCCGCAUACCACUGGAGCUGUCACCCUCCGACCCACUCUACAAUAAGAAGCUGGCACUCCUCAAGUGGCUGGAGCUACCGCCCUCCACCCAUCUGGACCUCUUUUGGACUGGCAAGCCAUCCCCUGAGCUGGCCACGUGGCUUAGAGUGGCGACCACCACUGAUGAGGCACAGAUUACAGAGGACCUCCGAGCGGCCAUUGCUGCACGCGCCAAGGAGACAGCUGAACUACUGGAGGCACAUGGGAAGGAUAAAGCAACGGCAAAUGGGCAUGCGGAGCCCACCAGCAAACCAGCAAGCAGUGCAGAUGUAACACUGACCAAGGCCCAAGCCGCCCUGCUCAGCAGUAUCUGCCAACGCAAGCUACAGGAGCUUCAAGCAGGGGCUGCAGCAGCGUCACCCGCGCCUGCUGGUUUAGGCUUGGGAGGAGGCUUGGAUGCACGUUCGGCAACAGCCAAGGCGUGUGAGAAGGAACUUCAGCUGGCUCGGCAGCUGAGGGAGGCGGAGGAAGGGGCUUUGAGGAAGGCUGUGGAGUUGUGUGUAGAUCCUCGCCUUUUGAAACUCCUAACAGGAGACGUCCAGAUAUGCUCGUCGUUCGUGAACCACAGGGAGUGUCUAGACAUUCUCGAGCAAAUGAUCUGCGCUACGGGCUGCAAUCCAGUGCCCGGGUUUGAGGGCUCCAUUGGGCACUAUUUCAACUCGGCUGAGAUGCUCAUCACAAUCAUGUUUGGGAGAGUUGGCCACGCCUUCAAUGCUCUCAACUACACCGUGCAGGUCUCACCGUCAAGCGACGGCACCGACAAGUGCUACAACGGCCCGUCAAGACUCCCUGAAAUCAACGCGUGCUGCGACCCGCUCCCCGUCACCCCCGAGUGCCCCCUCGCAAAACUCAACGUCUCUAGACAACCGCAGACCCUGCCUUUCAUCGGCCGGACCAUUGCCGAUCCCUCCUGUCCCACCGCGCAAAGCAGCGCCAGUGCUGCUGCUGCUGCUUCUUCUGUGGUCCCGCCGCCUCCUUCCCCGCCCAAGUCAGCUGCCAGAAACGUCCGCACCAGUCUAGUUUCUGGGAUGGGGGGGUUCAGCCUGUUUGCGCUGGCAGCUGCUGCUCCUAUAAUGCUUUUGAUCGCCAGUGCUGCUGCUGAUUCCUCCUCUAUAGGCUCUCCGCCUCCUUCCCCACCCAAGUCAGCCGAACGAGGCACCAGUCUAGUGUCUGAAAUGGUGGGGUUUCGCCUGUUUGCGCUGGCAGCUGCUGCUUCUUUCCUACUUGUCAUGUAA